AUGGGUAGCACUGCUGUUGUCCUUUAUCUUGUUUUGCAAUUAAUACAAGAGACAAAAGCAUCUGUUGUGAACUGCAUUCCCAGAAAAACGGUAAAAUACCAAACUGGAAAUAUAAACACUUUUAUGAAGGAAGGAUUAUCCAAUGUUUCCACUCUCCUUGUGAAUGAAGAAACCGAUACCUUAUUUGUUGGAGGCAGAGAUGCAGUAUUUGCUCUUGACUUGAAUAAUAUUUCUAGAGAAAUAGCCAGGGAAUACUGGUUUGCUCCACAAGACAGACAACUGGAAUGUAUUCGUAGAGGAAAGGACAAGAUAAGAUGCCAGAACUACAUUCUCUUCCUCCAUAAGAUAAAUAACUCUAACUUAUAUGUUUGUGGAACCAACGCGUAUCACCCAACUUGUGAUCAUAUGGUUAUCCAUGGGAUGAACAUAAGCUUGCAAGGAAGAGCUGAACAGAGCAGAGGAAAGUGUCCGUUUGAACCAACUCUAAAGUAUGCGUCUGUUUUUGUAGAUGGGGAAUUUUAUUCGGCUACUUCAAAUAAUUUCUUGGGAACAGAACCUAUAAUACUUCGCAGUAUGAGAAAUCCUGUAAGAACAGAGUUUAAAACAUCAUGGCUAAAUGAACCAAGCUUUGUCAACAUGGAAAUAGUGCAUGAAAGUGAAUCUAAUCCAAAUGGAGAUGAUGAUAAAAUUUAUGUGUUCUUCACUGAAACAGCUGUUGAAUUUGAAUUCUUUGACAAGCUUCUGGUGUCGAGAAUUGCCCGUAUCUGCAGAGGCGAUCUUGGUGGAAAACGCAUAUUGCAGAGAAGAUGGACAUCAUUUUUAAAAUCCCGCCUUUCCUGUUCCAUUCCGGAAUUAAACUUCCAUUUCAAUAUUGUCCAGGACAUCUUUUUACUCAGGAGAAGGAAGUGGCAGGACAGCAUAUUUUAUGGAAUUUUUUCCCAGCAAUGGGGAAGAUUAGACAUAUCAGCUGUUUGUGCAUACAGUAUGAAAAAUAUUCAGGAAGUCUUCUCCAAAGGAAACUACAAAGGACCAGUAACUGUAGAGCAUUUCCCUGUUAAGUGGAUGGUAUACAGGGGAGAAGUGCCAGUUCCACGUCCUGGUGCUUGCAUUGAUAAUUUUGCCCGGAGUAUUGGGUAUAAUACUUCUUCUGACUUGCCUGACAAAGUUUUGCAGUUUGUUAGAGAUCACCCUCUAAUGGAUACUUCUGUAAAUCCACUUGGUGACAGACCAGUGCUACUGAAGAGAGGUUCAAACUAUACCAGGAUUGUAGUAGAUAGAGUCACUGGCCUAGAUAAACAAGCAUACGAUGUUAUGUUUCUAGGAACAGAUGAUGGAUAUUUGCAUAAAGCUUUCAGUUGUGAUGGGGAAAUGUUCAUUGUGGAAGAGCUACAGCUGUUUCUGUCUCCUGAGCCUGUACAAUCUCUCCAGCUGUCUUCUGAAAAGGGAAUGCUCUAUGUAGGGUCCCUGUCUCAAGUGGUGCAGCUUCCAGUUUCGGAGUGCCACCGAUACAAGUACUGCUUGGAUUGCAUCUUGGCGAGGGAUCCUUACUGCGUGUGGUCUCAGUCUGCAAAUGAAUGUGUCCUGUUGGCAAACCAGGCUGGUCGUACGGAGAAUUUAAUUCAAAGUGUGAAAUAUGGGGAUGCUUCCAGCUGCCUUAGUGUAGGUAUGUGAAUGUUUGUUUUAAGAAAGAAUAUUUUAACUUCCUGCGAUCAAAAUGCUUUGUGCUCACUGGAAUUCUUGCAUUAUAGAAAACCACAGAAUUAAAAUCAUGUUGAUUAUUACUUUUGAACUAAGACCAAAAAAACUCCCCACACUGAGCUGGUACUGCCUAAUGUUCUUAACCCUUUCAAUCUAAAUGUCAGAAUACUUCAGUUCAGACUGAAACUCUUACUCUCAAGUGACCUGGUGGAAGUUACUGGUGUCACUCCCGCACCCACUUUGCAGAAAUCACACAACACAUCAGCUGUCUUAUUGAAUCUGUCACAGCUUUAGGACGCUGUUCUGCAGAUACAUGACAUACUGUUCAAGAGGACACUUAAAAAGAAGGCUAUUUGUUAUCAGCCAUUUAAAAUUAUUUUUCUUAUUUUUAGUGGGAUUGGGAAAUUAAUUACUUUUAAUGUCAAGGUGCAGGUCUGUGUCAUCUAGUUUUAUUAUGCAGUGACUUCGUAACGAGUUGCAAGAUACAUUGCUUUCUUCAGUGACACAAGA